AUGUUAAGCUGGCAUCGCGACGUCUGCAAGGACAAAAAGGACCAAGUCGCACGACCCAACCGGUCCGCUCCCCUCACCCCUGCCCUCCCGGCGCCGCCAGACGGAAUCCCGCCAGAUGCUCCGCCUCCGACGCUCCGACGGACCCGCCGACCGCCGCGGCCCAGCCAAGAGCCACAGUUGCGCCCUCGCCCUCGUGAAGGGCUCCUCCCCCUCUCCGUCUCCUCUCGAACGAGGGAUCGACCUUCCUCUUCCACAAGUAUUUCUUCUCCAUCACAAACGCUUCGGGUGAGAGCCAUUGCCGGAAGAUUCAGAGGACAGCUUCCAGAAGCUGUGCUCCGAAUCGACGCUCAGCCAGUCGUCUUCCUGCCUGCAGAGGCAUCGUUAACGCUCGGUCUGUCAUCGCAGAGACCCUUAGCAGCGGCAUCGACGCCCGGCCGAACGAGCCGUCGGCGUCUCCCCCGCUCGACGCCCGACCCGACCGGAGGACCCCCUCAGUCCCGGAAGACGAAGCCUCCAUUGGAAUUUCUCUCUGAGACCUCUGAAGGAGCAGGCAAAGGUGAGCAGAUGGGAACGUCGUCUCUGACAGAGAAUGCCGAUUUCGCCUGA